AAAAGAUAGAAUUGAUGCAGAUUGACAUUUACAGGAGAGGAGAGGAGAGGAGGGGAGGAAAUGGAAGAAAGAAUGAUAAUGGAGAAAAUUCGAGAGCAUCUUCACCUGGGCGAAGACGUUGACGUCAGCGACGCACCCCGAAAAGUGGAGAAAGGAAGAAGCUUCUACGAGGAUUUCAGCCUCAGAGGCAUCCGAGUCAACCGAGUCGACCCCGGUUUCAUUUCCUGCUCCUUCAAGGUCCCUCUCCGUUUGACGGACAAAGAAGGGUAUCUAGCAAACGGUGCAAUUGCUAAUCUUGUUGAUGAAGUUGGUGGAGCAGUUGUAUAUGUUGAAGGUUUACCCAUGAAUGUUUCAGUGGACAUGUCCAUUGCUUUCCUUUCAAAAGCCAAGCUUGGUGAGGAGCUGGAGAUAACAUCGAGAGUGAUGGGAGAGAGAGGAGGUUAUAAAGGAACGAUCGUUGUGGUGAGAAACAAGAUGACCGGGGAGAUUAUAGCUGAAGGUCGCCAUUCUUUGUUUGGCAGACAACCUAGUAAGCUCUGAGGUCCAAGCUUUCUCUCUUUGGUACUACUGUAAAAGGUGAUCUUAACACUUGUUUCACUAUUACCUUUUGUGUUAGGGUUAUUUUCUUCUCUUUUUCUGAUUGUGACAAUGAAACCUCUUUGUAUGUAGAUAGUUCAUAAAAUCCAAAACCUUUGUGGACUU